AUGCAAGCAUCAUCGCGCCCCACUCAGAGGCUCGCCAAAGGAGUGACCGCAUGUCAGAGAUGCCGUCGGAGAAAGCAGAAAUGUGAUUUGAAGAGUCCGAAUUGCUCCAAUUGCGAAAGUGCACGCAGCCCAUGCUUAACCUAUCACUCAGGCAAACAAGCUGAGAUACCACGCAACUAUGUGGCCAAUUUAGAGGCGCAGUUGGAGAGCACAACUCGAGAAAAUCGAGAGCUACGAAAGCAAAACGAAGAAUUGCGCAUGCAAAUUGGAAACAGUGCUUCAGUUAAUACCGAAAAUCCCACUCCUGUCGAGCCAUGUUCCCCGACAAGAAUUGAUCUUGGUAUCCUUCCUACAGCAAGUUCAGUAACGUCGAACGCAAGCACAAAUCAUUUUCAGAAUUUAGUCAAAAGUGUGAGAAGUGUCGUUGUUGAACCCUCAAGACAACCGCGGUUUCUAGGACAAAGCAGUGGGAUAACGCUAGCCAGAAUGGUGAUGGCGGCAAUUCGAAUCGACUCCCUCCCUUCUUCUCUGUCCUCCAAGCAAAAUUCUUAUGAUCCAUUCUCAUCUGUACCAACAGCCGAGGCUUCUCUUCCCCCACGCCACGCUGCCGAUCAUUUGGUCGGAGUCUAUUUCCAAUAUCGUACUCCUCAUCUGCCUAUCGUAAAUCGGGCACAAGUUGAGAAAGCUGUUGAGGGUGCAUAUCGCUCCAGGAAUGAUCCACAAUCUUCCGGUCAAAUAACUGAGAAUGAUACCUUUACGGCCUACAUGAUCUUCGCCAUUGCCCUUUGUGAUGUUCCCAAUCCGUCCGGAGGUCGCCCAUCUCAAAGCGAGGGUUGCUUCCGGUCAGCAAUUGGGUCAAUCGAAAAGAUCAUUGCUUAUUCGAAGAAUGAUCUUGAGACACUUCGCGCCAUAUUAUUGCUAGCUCAAUUUGUUUCUCUUUGCCCUUCUCAUGGAAGCUUAUGGCAUCUAACAGGUUUUGCACUACGAUUAUGUGUCGAUAUAGGCUUACAUUGGGAGACCGAGGAACAGUCCUCAACAAUGGAUCCGGAUUUGUUACACGAACGCCGGCGCCUUUGGUAUUCUACUUACCAAUUUGAUCGCGUCCUAUGUAUAACGCUCGGUCGGCCCUUGGGCAUCAUUGAUGAAAGUACGAAUGUGCCCCUUCCGAAUCCAUGGAAUGUUUCACGGGGCUCACUUACCCGUGAGCUCUACGAUUUCGACAUUCACACUCAACGAGCCCAUAACCACAUGUUCAAUAUGUCAAAACUUGAGUCCGAGAUCAAGCAUGUGCUUCACACCCAAGCCUGGACUCCUAAAAUAUCUUCUCCCAGAAUUGACUAUUCAACUUGGGUCCAGGACAUUCAACCUCGGCUACAGCAAUGGUAUACUUCUAUUCCACGACUUAGUCAAGCUCACCCAGCGUCCAUAUUCGCUCAUCAGGCAUACUGGGAUGUGAUUUAUAAUAAUGCAAUCCUUCUGUUGUAUAGGCCUGCAUCCAUAGUUAUACAGGUUUCAAGUGAAGAACUGGUAAUGUCAUUUGAAGCCUCCUGUAAACUGAUCGCAAGUAUCAAAAUCUUGCAGCGAGAUGGGAAAAUUGAUGUACUAUGGAAAUCAGUACAUCAUCUCUUCAUGGCUGGUCUCGGAGUUAUAUAUGGACUCUGGCACUCGAAAGAAAUACGCAAUCGAAAUUCUGUAAGCAAGAACAUUUCAACACUUCAGUCCUGUGCCUCUACACUCUCUGCCAUGUCGGAAAACUUUCCUGGUGCAGCAGGCUGUCGUGAUGUGUUUGAUACCCUCUCUUCAACAACGGUCGACUUCUUAGUGGCCAACAACGCCGAAGAUGUGUAUCAAAAUCGCAUUGAAUUUGAAAAACAAAUGAGAAAUUUGGUGCAACAACUACAACCGUCUUCUCGUGGUAUCGCUACUACGAAUGAAAUCAGCGGUGACAAUACAUCCACGCUGUUAUCGGCGGACAACUUUGCCUUUAGUGAGAUGCUCAGCUUUGCUGCGCAGUGGCCUGAUCUACAGGAUAUGGAUUUUGGAGACAUAGGACUUGACCCUAUGAUGGGGACGUGA